AUGGUCUUUGCGGUCUUGCUCACGGUGUGGACGGAUGGAGGAAUCCCUGGUCCUGGUCUGGGUCCUUUUCAAUGGAUUGAUUUUUUUGCCGGGAAGGCAGAGGCUACCAAAGCUUUCCAGCGCAGGGGUUACAAAACAGCCAGACUUGAUAUCAAUUACAUGGACCGGGCUACUGGGAGCAACCCCAUGGACCUGCUAACUGAUGCAGGAUUUGGGCUAGCGAUAGCCACCUGCCUGAUGGGUGAUGAGACGGGAUUUGUGUGCCACUUCGGAUUGAAAUGCAGCACGUUUUCAACGGUCAAUGCUGCCACUUCAGGAAGAUCACCAUGCACUGCAAUCGGAAAUAUCCACUACAGAUCAGUAGACGAAGGAAAUGUUCUAGCAUCACGGGUGAUGUUACUCAUGAUUUUGGUGGUGUGUUUGAAUGGAACCGUCGUUUUGGAACAGCCGGCGGAGAGCUUUCUUCAGUACUAUCCCCGGUUCAGGGAAUUCAUUUGCCUUCUUCAGCAAUCUGGUGGACAGCAUGCGGUGCAACGCGUGACGUGGUUCAUGGCUACCUAUGGCGGCCCAACGCCAAAACGACAUGUAGCAUACAGCAAUUCCCCAGCCAUUCAAUCCUUGUACAAGGGGGCCCUGACAGUUUGGGCAAAGCAUGUCCAAUCGCAAGACGCUGCUGGCAUAGAUCGUGUACGAACAGUCAAAAAGUACAUUGACAAAGAGGGAAAGCAGCGUUUCAAGGGUGAUAAGGGCCUACGUCCCAGUGAGAACUACCCUCCUCAAUUUGGGGAGAAGCUGGCGUCCAUGUUCGAGAACCUUGUUACCCAGAAGCUGGGGAUGCCAGCUCUUCCUUCACCGCUUCCCAGUGCGGAACAAUGUUUCAGCCAAAUGACUUUUAGUGAUAUGUGGCAAGACGCCAAUAUGGCUAGUGUGUGCCAUUGGUUGCGAGGUGGAAAGGGGUUACUGAUCCCAAGUACGUUCCGACCACUUUUGCCGGAGAAGCUGUGA